AUGACAAAAAUUAAAGCUGCUAUUAUCGGUUCCGGUAAUAUUGGUACAGAUCUUUUAUAUAAAAUGCAGCGUAGUGAAAUACUCGAGCCUGCUUGGAUGGUUGGUAUUGAUCCAGAUUCUGAUGGAUUAAAGCGCGCUGCUGGUAUGGGGUUAAAAACGACCUACGAAGGUGUUGAUGGGCUUGUACCUCAUAUUCAGGAUGACCAAAUUCGGAUUGCUUUUGAUGCAACAUCUGCUUAUGUUCAUGCAGAAAACUCACGCAAGGUCAAUGAGCAAGGUGUUGUGAUGGUUGACCUUACGCCUGCAGCGAUUGGUCCCUAUUGUAUUCCACCAGUGAACUUACAAGAACAAGUUGGUUCUAAGGUUAUGAAUAUUAAUAUGGUGACCUGUGGUGGACAGGCUACGAUUCCAAUGGUUUAUGCGGUUAGUCGUGUACAACCAGUUGCUUACGGGGAAAUCGUCGCAACGGUUUCCUCAAAAUCUGCUGGUCCGGGUACACGUAAAAAUAUUGAUGAGUUUACGCGUACAACUGCAGGAGCUGUCGAGAAAUUAGGUGGGGCGAAACAAGGUAAAGCGAUUAUUAUCAUUAAUCCUGCAGAACCACCACUGAUUAUGCGUGAUACGAUUCAUUGUUUAACCGAAGAAGAGCCAGAUCAAGCAGCGAUUACUCAGUCUGUGCAUGACAUGAUUGCGGCAGUGCAGCAAUAUGUUCCUGGUUACACCCUAAAAAAUGGCCCCGUUUUUGAUGGCAAACGCGUUUCAAUUUUUUUAGAGGUUGAAGGCUUAGGCGAUUAUUUACCUAAAUAUGCAGGUAACCUUGAUAUUAUGACAGCUGCGGCUUUGCAAGCUGGUGAACUUUUUGCCAAAGAAAUGUCAUAA